AAAAAUUAUUCUACAAAGACGCAAAUAGGUGAAAAGGCACAAAUCAAUCAAAAGAGCGACGAAGUAUAAGUAGAGAAAAGUUUUAAAAAUUUUAUUUGUGAAGUAAAAAGAAAGAAACGAAGAAAAUCCACCAUGAAAUUCCAAUAUAAGGAAGAACAUCCAUUCGAAAAGCGACGAGCUGAAGGCGAUAAGAUCAGAAGAAAAUAUCCAGAUCGUGUUCCCGUAAUAGUCGAAAAGGCGCCAAAAGCCCGCAUUGGUGACCUGGACAAGAAGAAAUACCUGGUGCCAUCUGACUUAACCGUAGGACAAUUUUAUUUUCUCAUUCGCAAGCGAAUCCAUUUACGUCCCGAAGACGCGCUAUUCUUUUUCGUCAACAAUGUGAUUCCGCCAACAUCGGCCACCAUGGGAUCGUUGUAUCAGGAACAUCACGAAGAAGACUACUUCCUUUACAUUGCCUAUUCCGAUGAGAAUGUAUACGGUAGAAAGAAUUGAGAGGAAUGUUGUUAAUUGGGACUUGACUGCUGUAUUUUUGCGUAAUAGUAGAUACAGAAAUUUUGUGUUUCGAUUCUUUUAAAAUCUUUAUCACUAAACAAAAUGCAUAAACUUAGUAGCAAAAUGUCUCUGUAAUUUAAUUGAAACAGUAAAAGAAACAAAAAACCAAAACAAAAAAAAAAUUUAAGAAAAAGUUUAAAAAACAAAAAAGUUUUCCUGCCGUUAGAUUAUAGCGGGAAAAUUUUAAAUGCAAAAAAAAUGUUAUUUUCAGAUUUUAAUUAUAUUUUGUGUUGACUUUAUUAUCAGAUCACUUUAGCAAUUCGGUUGGAAUUUUUUGUCUUUUUUUAGUUUCAUUUUUCUCUUCCUCUUUUGUUAAAUUUUUAAACAAAAAUAAAAUUCAAAAAUAUUGGUCGUGUCCGUAUAAGAAAGCGAGAAAUGAA